AUGAACGACGCUCUGAGGUUGGCAGGAACAGCUCUGCCCUUAGCGUACCCAUUCGCAUCAGCACUGCUGCUUGUCUAUCUCUCCAGAAAAUCCAUUCAUUUGGAUCAGUACGAGCCUAUCCGAUCCACCGACAACUCGGACGACCUCGACAACUCCGACGACCUCGACAACACAGCCAACAACCUUGACAGAGCCAACAACAGCACACGAUCAUCGACUCAUGCCUCAGUAGUCGCAUUGGGCAUCAACCUUGCCAGAUUAGGAUUGACUGCUCUCCAACUGGGUCUAGCCGUGUUCUCCUUUGUUCACUUCAAUCCCGGACAAACAGACAACAACAACGAACAACCAAGUCGCCUGGUCAUCUCUGCCACCAUCCUCCCUUGGUCCUAUGCGCUUGUCCUGGCAUUCGUGUUCUUGCUUCGCCCCACAACAGCUUAUCGGUUCUGGAUUCGUCUCCAGCUGGAUCUCUUUUAUGUUCUCGAGCUGGUCCUCAUGUCGCUCGGAAUCUAUUACUCCGGAUCAUUGUCGCAACCCGUCUCCGAGUGGGUGUUGGAGUACAAGUUGCAAGACGCCGCAUGGUUGACCGCAGCCCUAUUGGUUUGGGUGUCCCUUUUGACUCGCCCUUACCAGCCAUCGAACCUUAUCAAGAAACAACGAGGGGAGAUUCCCGUCGCUGUCUCGUCCGAAAGCGCGGCGUCCGUGUACUCCAUAUUGACAUUUGCAUGGGUCAACUCAUUGGUCUACCUCGGGUACAAGAGGGUGUUGCAGGAAUCCGAUCUCCCUAAUCUCGAGGCCGAAGACUUGUCCUUGACCACCUCCAACCAGUUCACGUUGGUCAAGAGAAAGUCGCUCGUUCGUUCGCUGUUUGCUGCCCUCAAGAAAGACGCGUUUAUCCAGAUCAUGUGGAGCAUCCCUCACAGCGUCUUCCUCAUUGCAGCGCCUCUCUGUUCCAAGAACAUCAUCGCCUACAUCGAGUGCAAGGACUGUGGCCCUCCUACCGCCAGCAACUACGUCUGGGUUUUUGCAUUACUUGCGACAACACUGGCGGCUUCCGUCUGUCAAAAUGGCUCUUAUCGUUUUGCCCGCCGUUUAGCCCUCAAGACCACCUCAAUCAUCAACACCGAGGUCUUCAAAAAGUCACUCCGCCGAAAGGACAUUGCUUCCUCUACCGAGUUCAAAGAAGACGAGGAAGGAAACCGAAAGAAGGACAAGUCUGCUAACAUCUCCAACUUGGUCGCAGUCGAUGUGUCAACUAUUGAAGGGAGUAUCGUCUCCAUGGAUCAGCUCUAUGGUCUCCCUCUACAGGCUGUACUCUCGUCCAUUGGCCUCUACCGCCUCCUGGGCCCAGCAGCAGUUGUCGGUAUCGGGUUUAUGAUUGUUACUAUGCCACUCCCAGCCAUUCUCGCAUCGGUGUUCAUGCGGCUGUUCAACAGCAUCAUGGAGUCCAAGGACGACCGGAUGGAUAUCUUGACAGAGAUGCUCUCUGGAAUGCGCACAGUCAAGUACUUUGGUUGGGAGUCCAAGUUUGUCGAAAAGAUCACGGAAGCUCGCGAAAAGGAGCUGAAAGACAACAAGACGUUGUACACCAAGAUGUCUUUUGCCAAUAUCGCCUGGUCCAUCAUGCCCCUUGUCAAUAUGGUCGUCCUCCUUGUCGCCUACACCGUCUUCUAUGGCCACACUAUCACCGCCUCUGUCCUAUUUACGACUCUCUCGCUAUUUGAGAUCUUGAGCUCGUCCCUGUCUACCCUCCCUUGGACCUUCAUUUCGACGAUGGAGACUGUUGUCGCGCUGCGUCGCAUUAGCACCUUUCUGGAUGAAGAGGACGUCGAGAGAGACACAACUCUGACAAAGAUCGAUGUCAAGACCCGCUCCUCUUCCACAGCUCCAACUGCCCACGUUGCUUCGCACCCCGUCAUCGGUUUCGUUCGCGCCACUUUCUCCUGGCCUAGCAAGAAAGUCAAGGCUGUUAAAUCAGCCCCGAAGGCAGGUUGGUUCCAGAACCUCAAGUCCAAAUUCUCCAAGGCACCGACUCCUACCGAACAAGGAAACGACAGCUCUCCGAUCGAUGCCCCUGCUCCAGAGCCUGAGGCUGUCAUUGAACGCUUCCAGUUGACAAACGUCUCGGCCGACUUUCCUGUUGGAGAACUGUCACUUAUUGUCGGCCUUACCGGAUCCGGAAAGUCAGCCCUCCUCCUCGCUCUCCUCGGUGAGCUCGAGCGCAUCGAAGGACAUAUGUAUCUGCCUCGCCUCGACUACAGCAACCACUCCAACGACCGUGGUUCCGGCAUCGCCUAUGUCGCUCAGACUGCUUGGCUUCAGAACGGCACCGUUCGCGACAACAUUCUUUUUGGCAAGGCCCUCAACCAGGAACGCUACAGUGCCGUCCUCGAGGGCUGCGCGUUGACCACCGAUCUGGAUGUCCUCGAGCAUCGCGACUUGACCGAGAUUGGUGAGCAGGGUAUUACCUUGUCUGGCGGCCAGAAGCAACGUGUCUCCUUGGCUCGAGCCAUUUACUCUGACGCAUCUGUCCUGCUGCUGGAUGAUUGUCUUUCUGCUGUCGACACACACACUGGCCGCCAUAUCUUCCAGACGCUGAAUGGCCCCCUCCUGGAUGGACGUACAAUCCUCAUGGCUACACAUCAAGUCCAGUUGACCCUCAGCGCCGCGAGGUACGUUGUUGUUCUGGACAAGGGCAAAGUAGUCGGUUCUGGAACCCCUGAGGACUGCAUUCACCACGGCUGGAUCGACCAUGUCACACUUCCGGCUACCGUCUCGGACCAGUCCAGCGAGGUCGAUACUCUUGACGGAGACAAGAGCGCCACGGAUCUGAAGGACGGCAAGAAGGCAGCAUCGCCGGUCAAGCCCAAGGAUGAGGAGACGAAAGCAGAGGGGACUGUUUCACUCAAGAUCUACAAGUACUACUUCUUUGCAACUGGUGGCUGGAUUGCUUGGGUCCUCCUUGUGGGUAUCUACGCCCUCGAUCAGGCCGCCGUUGUAGCCGAAAAGUCUUGGCUAGCUAUCUGGGCGAACAAGAUGGCAGAGACGACCGGCUCGUUGGUUCUCGAUGCUGCUCAUGCUGUAAUUCCGGAACCUGUUGUUGCUUCAGUCAAGGAAGUAUUCGCUCCAGGGAAUGGAAGCACGUACGGUGCCAUCACCAUGGCGGCCUUUGGAGAGGGCACGCCGGAAUCGGUCAACGUCGGCUUCUACAUCGGUGUCUACGUUCUCUUGGGCCUCAUCCCCAUGAUCAUCAGCUGCUUUUCCACGUACUACGCGAUGGCGGUCCUCAACAUCAAUGGAUCCAGAUAUAUCCACGCUCAGUUGCUCCACAAGAUUUCCCGCGCAAGGUCUCGUUUCUUUGACACCACGCCCGUCGGGCGAAUCAUCAACCGGUUCAGCGCAGACAUUGCCACUGUUGACAACGGGCUCAUUCACUCUCUCAUGACUUUGAUGUUUUCGUCCAUCAUGAUCAUGUCCACUGGGUUCGUUAUCUCCAUCAACAUGCCCCUCUUUGCAAUCCCUGCCUCCUUUAUCAUUGGUGUCUACAUUGCUAUCGCGGUUCUCUAUGUCCCCGUCUCCCGCGACCUCAAGCGUCUGAAUUCUGUCUCUCGUUCACCUAUCCUGAACCACUUCAACGAAACCGUGAACGGCCUCACCACUAUUCGUGCCUAUGGUUUUGAGCGUCGAUUCCAAGCCAAGAACCUGUCCAACCUGGAUGAAAACAACCGUGCCUACUAUUGGCUCUGGUCAGCUAGUCGUUGGUUGGGCUGGCGUCUCGAUUUGACCAGCGCACUGGUGUCCUUCUGCACCGGCCUAUUGAUUCUCCAGCGUUGGGGUCAGAUAGAGUCUGGCUGGGCGGGGUUGUGUCUGAGCUACUCGACAAUGUUCAACAUGUGCGUUUCCUGGAUGAUCCGCGGCUACGCUCAAAACGAGAUGAACAUGAACUCGCUCGAGCGCAUCAUUGAGUACAUGAACGUCGAAGAAGAAGCGCCUGCUGUCAUCGAGGGUUCUCGUCCUCCUGCUUCCUGGCCCCAUGUUGGCCAGAUCUCGAUCGAGCAUCUCACCGUCAAGUAUUCACCCGACAGUCCCGUUGUCAUCAAGGACGUCUCUCUGUCGAUCAGAGGUGGAGAGAAGGUCGGUGUUGUCGGUCGAACUGGUUCUGGCAAGUCUACACUCGCGAUCAGUCUCCUCCGUAUCCUUGAGCCAACCUCGGGCACGAUCCGGAUCGAUGACAUAGAUGUCUCCCAGAUUGGGCUUCAUGACUUGCGAUCCAACCUGACUAUCAUCCCACAAGACCCGAUUCUGUUCAUGGGUACCCUUCGCUUCAACUUGGAUCCCUUUGGUGAGCGCGAGGACAUUGAGCUCUGGGAAGCCUUGCGUCGAAGCCAUAUCAUUCCAGCAACUGCGACCAAAGCCAGCAGCAACACUCCAACCCCUGACUCCAACUCGUCCAACAACUCUCAAGCACCAUCGACCCACGACCAAGAGACGACAGCUUCGCCCUCUGAGGAAGCCGAGACGACAAUUGACCCAUCCCAGAUCACACUCGACACCGAGGUCCAACAAGGCGGCUCCAACUUUUCUCAAGGUCAGCGCCAGCUGAUCGCCCUUGCCCGCGCCCUUGUUCGUUCGUCUAAGAUCAUCAUCAUGGACGAGGCCACUGCCAGUGUCGAUUUCGAGACAGACCUCAAGAUCCAGACGACCAUUCGCGAGGAGAUGAUUGACGCGACUAUCAUCACCAUUGCCCAUCGUAUCCGCACCAUUGCCGACUUUGAUCGUGUCCUCGUCAUGCAGGCUGGUGAGGUUGCCGAGUUUGACAAGCCCUAUACCUUGAUGCGACAGGAGGGAAGUUUGUUCAGAGAGUUGUGUGAGCAGUCGACCGAACUUGAUUCUCUCCUCGCCAUCUCUGAAGCCAAAGAGCGACGCGCCUCGGCCUAA